CUUCAGGCACAGCCUUCUUUCCCUCUAAAUAAUCGAGCUCAUAGAAGCAAUGGGGUAUGGGAACAUCACAGAGUUUAUCUUACUGGGACUUUUCCAUAAUGAGGAGGUCAAGACAAUGUGUUCUGUUCUGUUCUCAUUUUGUUAUCUUGCAAUUCUCUUCGGAAACCUGGUGGUUCUUCUCACCAUCAGGGGCAGCAACCUCCGUGAGUAUCCAAUGUAUUUUUUUCUCAGCUACCUGUCCUUCAUGGAUGUAUGUUUCACUUCCACAGUGGCCCCUAAAUUGAUUAUAGACUUAUUGGUACAGUGUAACACUAUAUCCUACAAUGGCUGCAUAGCCCAGAUGUUUUAUGCCCACUUCUUUGGUGCCACUGAGAUAUUUAUCUUGGUGGUUAUGGCCUAUGAUCGUUAUGUAGCCAUUUGUAGACCCCUUUACUACAUGAUCACCAUGAACAGACCAGUGUGUUAUAUUCUUGUGAUAGUCUCAGUUGUUGGUGCUUUUAUACACUCACUUGUGCAUGUACUGAUUGUUAUCAGACUUCCCUUCUGUGGUGCCAAUGAGAUAGACCACUACUUUUGUGACAUAUUCCCCCUGCUGAAACUGGCCUGCACUGACACAAGACUCCUUAUUAUCAUAAUCAUUACCACCACAGGGGUGCUGUCCAUUUUGACUUUUGUUGCCUUGGUCAUUUCUUACAUCAUCAUUUUGUCCACAUUGAGGACCCGCUCAUCCAAGGGCCGCCACAAAGCCCUUUCUACUUGUGGCUCACAUAUCACAGUUGUGUUCAUGUUCUUCCUGCCACUCAUCUUUACCUAUGUCCCAAUGGGUGAUAAUGUUGGAAAUGACAAGGUAUUUGCUCUAUUUUACACCAUGAUUGCCCCUUUGUUCAACCCUCUCAUCUACACACUGAGGAAUACAGACAUGAAGAAUGCAAUGAAGAAAGUAUGGAUCCAAGAAAAACUGUUUGAAGGAAAGUGAAGUCUCUUCUGGUGGAGUCCUUUUUCUCAAUCUUAUUCUUUCUACAGAAUAAAUGUGAGCAACACAGCAAGAUAGCAAGAUGGGGAGUGGCCAUCAA